AUGGAAAGACCUCUGUUCUCCUUCACUGUCCUCCCUCUCUUACUGCUGGCCUUGAGGAGCCUUGUCUUGAUGAGCCGGGCAUGGACUGCUCCCAAUUGCACCAUAGGAGACAGCUCCCUAUUGCCUAACAUCUCCUACUACAUCCCAUUCUGUCCCUUGGCCCCAGGACUGCACCUUUUUGCAUCAUGCUCCAAUGUUAAAGACCUGGCUCAGACCCUAAGAGCAGUGCCCCGGGAUACAGAGGCACUGUGCCUCCAGGGAACAGUUCCCAUCCUGCCAGCUGAUGCCUUUGGACACUUACCCACACUACAGCUUCUGAGGCUGCGGCUGGGUGCCGUCAGGAUUACAUCUGGAGCAUUUCAAGGAUUGGACCAGCUGCAGCACCUUUCCUUUGAGCAUGCUCCCUGUUGCCUGAGUUUGUUUCUCUCUCCAGAUGCCCUGGAGCCUCUCAGAUUCCUCAACACCCUUUCCUUCCAAGGCUACUGCAUGAAUUAUAGCCAGAAUGUCCAGUUGCCCAUCAACCUUAGUCGUCUAACCCUGAGAGACAGUUGUCUGACAGAGCUGCAGGAAUUGCAAAGGCUCUUCCCAAACCUUGUCUCUGGCUCCUCUCCCACAGCCAGCCCCAGCCCAUGGUCCCCCUUCCUGGAGGUGCUGGAUCUGUCUGCCAAUCUGCAGCUGAACAAGGUGGGUGGCCGAGCUCUGCAUGGCCUCCAGCUCCAUUCCCUGAGAUUGGAUGGCACCGCACUAAGUGCAUUAGACCUCCGGGGCUCAGGGCUUCUCCACUUGGACUCCCUCUACCUUGUAGGGACAGGUGCAGAAAAACUGCCUGGGAAUGUGACAGCUUACUUUGCACUUCGUACACUUGACCUUGGAAGGAACCAAAUCCGAAACCUAGAGGAUGGGGAUCUUCUAAGUUGCCGCUCCCUGGAACACCUCAGCCUUCAUGCCAAUGGCCUUCAGUUACUUCCCCCCAGUUUCCUGAGUGCCCUGCCCCAGCUUCAGAGGCUCAAUCUGUCAAUGAAUAAGUUGGGCCCGACCUUGGUGCUCCCGGAAGGGCUAGUCAGUUCAAAUCUGAGAGUGCUAGAUCUGUCCCACAAUGAGCUCUGCACUCUGCCCUGCAGGGCCUUUUCCUCUCUACCUCAGCUCCAGGAGCUCUGGCUGAGUGGUAACAACAUCUCCAACUUAUCCAGUGAGAGCCUGGAAGGACUGAGGUGGCUGAAGACCCUAGACCUGAGUUGGAACCAAAUUAAGAUGCUGAUGCCAGGCUGGCUCUCCUCUCUUCCUGACCUUACUUCACUGAACCUCCUGGGCACCCAUUUAGAGCAUAUCUCAGGCAGACAGCUCCAGGGGCCCCAGAAGCUGAGCCAUCUGCAGCUGGGUUCUUCUAAGAUGCUGGAAAUCUAUCCUCCCUGGCCUUCAUCACUGCUCAGCUUGGAGUUACAGGCAGAGACUUUAAUAACAUUUAGGGUCCUCAGUGGAGAGCCCUUCUUAUUCUUGGAGAACCUUACCUUGCAAGCUACCUAUGUGUUGCUGAAUCCGGACAACGCCACACUCCUUUUCCCUUCCCUGCGUCACCUUACUCUGCGAGGCUGCAGCCCCUACAUUUUCUCUCAUCAGAGAGUCUUCCCACAGCUUCCUCUCCUGGAGCACUUGCACUUCUGGUCUGAUCAUAAUGGUGCAGAAAAUCUGCAUCUUUUGGGGAUGCCCAGGCUGCGAGUGCUGGAGCUGGGGGAUUUGGAUUUCCUCUAUAAUCCAGUAUCAGUGAAGCUGGAGAUGCUACUGAAGGAGCUGCCUCAGUUACAGGUACUGGCAUUGAGCAAUCUGAACUUCAGGAACCUCUCCGUCUCCAGCUUCAGGGGCUUGGGCCUCCUUCGGUUGCUGCUGCUCAAUUCUGAAUGGGCCCUGGGGCUGGACAGCAGCCUCCAGGAACUAAUCCCCCAGAUGCCUCAAUAUGUUUAUUUCUCAGAUAUCACCUUCACCUGCCAGUGUGAAAGCUCUUGGGUGGGGCCUUGGGCAACACGGGCCCCAAACACCUUCGUGUAUGGGCUGGAGAAAUCCAUCUGCAAGGCCAAUGCCUCUGAUCGCUCCAAGACGCCACUGCUCUCCUUCCUUUCUGACCACUGCUCACACGAUCCUGAGUUCCAGGCCUUCCUAACCAGCUUCACUCUGGUGCUCCUGCUGACCUUCCUUGCACUGCUUAGCUGUCCUAAAUGGCCCUGGCUUCUCCACCUCCGGACCCUGUGUCACGCUUGGUGGUGGAAAUGGGGUGGGCAGCACCCCAGAAAUCAAUUCCACUAUGAUGUCUUUGUAUCCUACUGUGAGCAAGACCAAGCCUGGGUGCUCCAAGAACUGGUUCCUGCCCUGGAGAAGCCUCUUCCAGACGGUGGGGGUCUGAGGCUGUGCCUGCCUGAGAGGGACUUUGGGGUUGGACAGGACAGGAUAAAUGCUACAGCCACCAGCAUGGAAAGCAGCAGAGCCACCCUCUGUGUGCUCAGCUGCCAGGCCCUGGGAAGUCCCUGGUGCAAUCUGGAGUUAAGGAUUGCCACCCACAACUUGGUGGCCAAGCCUGGGACUGCUUGCCUUCUGCUCUUAUUUCUGGAACCUAUUGAUCGGAGGCAGCUGCACAGCUACCACCGCCUUAGCCGGUGGCUGCAGAAGGAAGACUACUUUGAUUUGUCCCAAGCGGGGAUUGAGUGGGAUGCCUUCUGUGAACAACUGCGGAAAAGGCUAAGGAAAGCUGGGCAAGAGAGAGAGGAUUAG